AUGGCGGACCCGGCGACUCUGGCACUGGGGAGCGAUGCCGAGGCGCAGGCUCUCGCGAUCUGGGCGCGGCAGGGCCUUGCCCGUAAGGGCAUGAACGUUCGGUUUGCCGCCGAGGAUGCCGUUCCCGAUAUCGUUAUGGCGCAGAGCGCGGGUUCUGCCCUUACCCUUGAUCCCGAAGGCCGCAUUGCCGUUUCGGGUGAGCCGGGUAUCGAAGCCUUGCUGGCAGCCCGCAUGUCGGCCGCCUUCAUGCCCACCCCGGAUGCCUGGCCGGUGACGGUGGACCAACUUUCCGCUGAAACUCUCCUCAAGAACUUCCGUGGAUCGCGGCGCUGGACAAUUCCCUACGCGCUGGCCGAUCUCCCCGGCGGUCUGAUGCCACGGCGCUUUGCCAUCGAUCUCAAGACUUCGACACUGGCGCCCGGCAAUGACUGGGUUGUGCGCGUUUCGCUCAACGGAAAUCUGCUCAGGACCGAGCGUUUCGACGGGCAGGGCGAUGCCAUUUCGCUCGAUGUCACAUUGCCCUCCGAAAUCCAGGCGCUGUCCAACGCCAUUCUUGUCGAACUGAUCGAUACCAGCCCCAAUGACUCUAUCUGCCGGGUCGGUCCCGACGCGCAGGCGCAGCUUUUGCCGACCUCGCGGUUGACCCCGCAGGGUGUCCAGCCUUCUGCCGGGUGGCCGCAGAUGAUGCGCGUGCUGGCUGCAGAGCCGACCAUCGGGCUCACGGUUGCAACGGCCCUGUCGCCGGCUGAAGCCCGGACGACCGCUGCGUUGCUGGGAAGUUUUCUGCCUGUGCAAAGCGGUGUGGUGUUCGGCGCCGAGGCAGAUACGGCGGCAACGAGGGUUGAGGUGACCACGGCAGGUGGCUUUAGAUCCGCGCUGCGUCUGGCGGGUGAAAUCGGGGACGGUGCGCAGUCGAUUUGGCUCGUGGUUCCCAAUGGGGAUAAGGAUGCGAGACUGAUCGCGGUUUCCGAUCCGCGUACUGCUGCGCUGAUCCGCGCUCCAGGGGACCACGACUACUGGUCGGUGGACAGUAGGCCGCCAACGCUGACACGGCCGCUUUCGGUCUGGGCGGCGCCGACUCUCCUGGUGAUAUUCACGGCGGUGGCCGCGGCAUUGCUGGCCGUCAUUAGCGCCGAGCCGUUCGCCGCCAUAUUUCCCAAUGGUGAUGUUGUGUUCUCUCCCUAUUUGGGCGUCCAUUCCAUCCCGCUGCGCAUUUUCAUAGUUUCGUUCAUCGUCGCCUUUUCGGCAGUAGUGGGCGCCAGGGCGCCCCAGCGGCUGCGCUUUUUCCUCGAAGUCACGCUCUAUUACAUCGUCGUGUGCGCCGCGUUCGAUCUCAUCAAUAUAGCGGCCUACCGGCUGACCGGAUUUGUUUAUUCGAUCCAUGUGGUUGAAAUCCUCUCCGGGCUGUUUGGCUUUUAUAUCUUCUCGAUCCGCCUGCUGGACCAGGGAACGAUGCCUCUCCGCGCCCCAUUCGCGCCGUUUAGCGCGCGACUUAAGGCGGCGUCUUUCGUCCUGAUCACGCUGGCCGUAACCGCCGCCAUCGCCGUGUCUGUGUGGAUCGAUAGGCUAGACCUGCCGCUGGUCGAUGACCUGCGGUCGGUCGCCUUGCUUGGCGGGAUAGGACCGGGAGUGUUUCUGUUUCUGCCGGUGCUGUUCUUCCUGCUCUAUGUGCUCGGGACGCUUCGCGCCUUUCUGCGGCGCAAGCGCGAAUAUUGCCCGCCGGUGACCGUCAUCAUUCCGGCCCACAACGAAACCCACAUCCUGCCACGCACGCUGGCCGCACUCGAGAAAGCGGCCGCGCAAUAUGGUGGCGACGUGCACGUGCUGGUGCUCGACAAUUGCUCGACCGACGGCACCGCCCAGACAGCGGUACGGUCCUUCGCGGAGAUGGCGCAGCUAUGCGGACAGGUGGUCGAUGUGCCGGUGCCGGGCAAAUCGAAUGCGCUCAAUGCGGGCAUCGCCCUGACCAAGACCGAAAUCGUCAUUCGCAUCGAUGCCGAUACCCAGGUUUCCUCGGCCUCGAUCCGCCGGGCGGUGCGCCAUUUCUGGCGCGGGGACGUCGGAGUGGUCGGCGGAUUGCCGAUUGCCCCGGGCACGGGGAAAUUUGACAGCGCGCGUAAUCUCGAAACCCUGCUCAAGCACGGCUAUUACCAGGUGGCCUAUGGUGCCCUUGACGCCAUUGUCGGCGUGCCCGGAAUGCUCGCCGUCUAUCGCACACAGGCGGUGCGUGACGCCGGGGGCUUUACGGGCGGCAUGAACGGGGAAGACACCGACAUGUCGCUGCGCAUCGGUGAGAUGGGAUUUCGCAUCGUCGGCGAUCCGACCGUCACUUAUGUCUCCGAGGUGCCCGCAAGCUGGAAGCAUCUGCGCGAACAGCGCAUGCGCUGGUUCCGCUCGGUCUAUCACGUCUCUGCGCGCAAUCGCGACUAUCUCGACGGCUGGACGCCAUCGGUGCGCGGCAAGAUCAUUCUGCCGUUCAUGCUGCUCAAUUCGGGACGCCGGGCCAUGACGGUCCCGCUGGUGAUCUUUGGCGUGCUCUAUUACUUCGUGGGCUUUAACCCGCUGAGCCCUCUAACGCUGCAGGCGGUUAUCGCCGUAACCAUGGGCGCGCCGGCUCUGAUGGCGGCCUUUGCGGCGCUGGCUAAUGGACGGGCAGGGGCCCUGAUCGGGAUCCCGGAAUACCUAGUGUUCAGGCUGGUGCGAUCAUACCUGACCCUCGAAUCCGUAUU